UCCCGCCAAUGAUGUAUGCAGCUGCUUGCUGUGGUUCUGUGCCUGCCCCCUCCACAUCCUUCCUUAUAUAAACCCGGACUCUCCCUCUCCUCCGCACUUCUGCCUCGUGUCUGAAUCCUCAACGUCAGUCGAAGGACAAGCAGACAAAAUGCGUGAAUGUAUUUCAAUGCACGUCGGCCAAGCCGGAGCCCAGAUGGGCAAUGCAUGCUGGGAGCUGUAUUGUCUGGAACAUGGGAUCCAGCCAGAUGGACAGAUGCCCUCGGACAAGACUAUUGGAGGAGGAGAUGACUCCUUCAAUACCUUCUUCAGUGAGACUGGGGCAGGAAAGCAUGUUCCCAGAGCCAUCUUUGUCGACCUGGAACCUACUGUCAUCGAUGAGGUGCGUACAGGAACUUACCGUCAGCUGUUCCACCCUGAACAGCUGAUUACAGGAAAGGAGGAUGCUGCCAACAACUACGCUCGUGGACACUACACCAUCGGCAAGGAGAUCAUUGAUCUUGUUUUAGACAGGACUCGUAAACUGGCUGAUCAGUGCACUGGCCUGCAGGGCUUCCUGAUCUUCCACUCUUUUGGUGGAGGCACCGGCUCUGGUUUCACCUCCCUGCUCAUGGAGAGACUAUCUGUCGAUUAUGGCAAAAAAUCUAAACUUGAAUUUGCCGUCUACCCAGCCCCUCAGGUUUCCACAGCUGUAGUGGAGCCUUACAACUCCAUCCUGACCACCCACACCACCUUGGAGCACUCUGACUGUGCCUUCAUGGUGGACAAUGAGGCCAUCUAUGACAUCUGUCGCAGAAACCUCGACAUUGAGAGACCAACCUACACCAACUUGAACAGGCUCAUUGGCCAGAUUGUGUCUUCAAUCACGGCUUCACUUCGCUUUGAUGGAGCCCUGAAUGUUGAUCUGACAGAGUUCCAGACCAACUUGGUGCCCUACCCUCGUAUCCACUUCCCUCUGGCCACCUACGCCCCGGUCAUCUCAGCUGAGAAAGCCUACCACGAGCAGCUGUCUGUUGCUGACAUCACCAAUGCCUGCUUUGAGCCGGCCAAUCAGAUGGUGAAGUGCGACCCACGUCAUGGCAAAUACAUGGCCUGUUGUCUGCUGUAUCGUGGUGACGUGGUGCCCAAAGAUGUCAACUCUGCUAUCGCUGCCAUCAAGACCAAACGCACUAUCCAGUUCGUGGACUGGUGUCCCACAGGCUUCAAGGUGGGUAUCAACUACCAGCCUCCAACUGUGGUUCCUGGUGGAGACCUGGCCAAGGUGCAGAGAGCUGUGUGCAUGCUGAGCAACACCACAGCCAUCGCUGAGGCCUGGGCCAGGCUUGACCACAAGUUUGACCUCAUGUACGCCAAGAGAGCCUUUGUCCACUGGUAUGUUGGAGAGGGAAUGGAGGAAGGAGAGUUCUCAGAGGCCAGAGAAGACAUGGCAGCCCUGGAGAAGGAUUAUGAAGAAGUGGGCACCGACAGCUUGGGAGACGAAGAUGAAGAAGGAGAGGAGUACUGAAGGAUCAAACAUCAUCACACAUUCCAAGCGUUGAGAACGUAACACAUUCCCAGCAACAUUCUGAAAAUAUGUGGUGAUGCCAUAUCAGUAUUAUCAAUAAAAGUCCUUAAGAACGUC